CCACCCUAUAAAUGACUGGCCACAUACAGCCUCGACACCAAAAGGAAAUAAGAUUCAGAAAGGAAGAAAGUAAUCAUCAUCAAACUCUUUGAAGGAAGCGAAAUAUGGAAUUCAGAAUCGUGGGUUUGGAUUCUCCAAUCUUCAACACUCUCCACCAAAUGAUGGACACCAGCGAAGACGCCGAGAAGUCAGUCAACAACCCUUCUCGCACUUACGUCCGCGAUGCCAAAGCCAUGGCUUCUACUCCGGCGGAUGUUAAGGAAUACCCGAAUUCCUACGUCUUCGUUGUUGACAUGCCUGGGCUGAAAUCCGGUGACAUCAAGGUGCAGGUGGAGGACGACAAUGUGCUGGUGGUUAGUGGCGAAAGGAAGCGCGAGGAGGAGAAAGAAGGGGCCAAGUAUGUGAGAAUGGAGAGGCGGGUCGGAAAGUUUAUGAGGAAGUUUGUGCUGCCCGAGAAUGCAAACACUGACGCGAUUUCUGCUGUUUGUCAGGAUGGUGUGUUGACUGUCACCAUUCAGAAAUUGCCACCACCGGAGCCUAAGAAGCCUAAGACCAUUGAGGUUAAAAUUGCCUAAAUUUGGGGAUAAUGUGAUGUGGGUAAUGGUUGGAUGUGAAAUAAUUCAUGCUAUGUUGCGUGUUGGUGUCUAAAGAACUUCUCUCUGCCUUUUUCUUGUUCUUUUUUACCUCCAGUGAUGUUUGUUUUGGCGUGUUGUGUUUGUGUUUUGGUUGUCUUCUCCUUAACUAUGUAGUGAGAUAAUAUCAAUGAAUUAUCUGUUAUGUCUAAUU